GCAUGUAUAAUGUAACGGACCAACACCAAAUACGACAGAUAGGAGUGGACCAUAAUAUGUACACGUGGAGAUUUUUCACACAUUUUCAAUAAAUCUAUUGGUGAGCACCUAUACGUACAGUUUUGAAAAUGCUGUCAACUUGGAUUGUUUUCAUCGCAAACAUGCAUGUACUUCUCACUGUUACCGAUAGGUUACAUGGCGAUUAUGUCGCAAGAUUGGAUGCAACCGAAGAUGCUGUUAGGAAAAUGGAAAAAAAUGAUGUUAUCCUUAAAUGCGACAUUGCAGAACGUCGGACGGGAGCUGGCCUUUGAACGACAAGCAAGACAACAGAUGGAAAAACACUUACCAGCAAAACAAGGUCUGAUUACAAGACAGGCCUCAAAAGAAUUAGAGGUAGCGUUCUUUGCCUAUAUCGGCAGCAUAGAGCAGCAUCUCGGCGCUGGCCAGAUCGUCGUGUUUGACAAAGUCAUCACCAACAUCGACUCAACAGGCUCAAUUGGCGGAUAUCACGCGUCUACCGGCGUAUUUACGGCACCAGUUGACAGUCUCUACGUAUUCUACGCCACGCUGAUGGCACAUAAUAACCACGCAUCGCAUUACCUGAUUGUGCACGAAAACCAAUCAGUGGCCACCAUUUUGGUGGACGGAAGCAACCACUGGUUUGAUUCUGCGUCCGGCUCAGUGGUUGUUGUUCUUUCAAGAGGUGAUACGGUCUCAGUUAAGCAGUUGGAAAGCGGUGACCAUGCGCUGCAAGGGGCUCCGAUCGCUGGAGAGUCCUCUUUCUCCGGAUUUCUUCUUCGCCAACACUUCCGCGGACCAGCGCCAAUAGGAUAGCCUAACUUCGACAGUUUGAAAUGUUAUUGUUGAAUGACAACAAACUCGAUGCUUUAAAAGUGAUGUUGUAAAAGUA